AGCUUUCGUCGUAGAUUUGACCGAAAAAAGUAAUCCUUCCCCCUCUUUGCGUUAAAGUGAUCCGUGACAAUACCGUUUCACGCGAAACCCGCCAUCACCCGGACAUGGCUCACUAGUGAUUGGCCACGCGUGUAGUAACAGGUGCACUACAGGGGCGGGACGAGUGGGAGGGGUGCAACACGGGUCGUGUUCCGUGCUGCGUCAACAAAGGGCUAGUACAACAACAACAACAACGGGAACAGCAUGAACACAGCGACCAUGCCGAACCACGACUUCAUGGAGCUGCAUCCGGUCCAUCAGCAUCCGGCCGGUUGCAAGCAGCACUGCUUCGUGUUUACCGAGAUCGCGGACAUUGAGCUACCGCCCGAGAUCACCAAGUACCCGGAGAAGAUCAAGAACGGGAGCAUCCAUUCGUACACCAAGGACAGCAUCUCGCCUCCUCCACCGAAGCUUGGCAAGGAGCGCCGGAAUCGUAAGAUCAUUGCCCUCGUCUCCGGGUUACUGGUGUGUGUGGCAUUGGCCGCUGGUAUUCCGCUCGGUUUGCAGCUACGGUCUUCCUCGCUCCUGGAAGCUCGGUUGGCGUUCAUCCGGCGGUUACUCGUCGAGUCACCGCUCGUCGAAGGCUACUGGGCACCACCGAUGGGGGCCAAUUUUAGUAAAAGCUUCGCGGAAGUGAAAAGCGGUAUGGUGGGGGCACUGCUGUGGCCAAUCGCGGUCCCGUGUGCCGCCCAGUACCUGGACGCGGUACAGCUCACGCUCGAGGGACUGGACGAUGCACGGCGGCUGGUCGGCAAAAACGGGGACAUGGCGGUCGUGGAGAAUGCGGACCAAAUGGAACAAGCGCACACGGAGGGUAAGCUGGCGAUACUGUUCGGGCUCGAGGGUGGCCAUACGCUCGGUUCCAGUUUGGCCGUGCUACGGUCGAUGUACUCGCUCGGGGCACGGUUUGUUUCGCUCACUGGCGUCGGCUGCACGACACCGUGGGCCAGUGCCUCGAUUCGGAACGAUUUCUUCGACGAAAAUCUGCCCUCCACGUUGACCAACUUUGGCGAGAUCGUCAUCCAGGAAAUGAACCGGUUGGGCAUGUUGGUUGAGAUUUCGCGACUUUCCGAACCCGCCAUGAUGGUGGCACUGAAUGUGGCCAAAGCUCCGUUACUCCUCUCGAACGCACUGCCCUCGUCGAUGGCAUGCAACGGUACGACGGCCGCCGUACCGGAUCACAUCCUGAGUGCUCUGUCGCAGAACGGAGGCGUGCUGAUGCUGAACGUGGAGCGGUGUGGCGAUAAACCGAUGUCGCUGAAGGAUGCCAUCACGGCCAUCAACUACAUCCGGGCGAUUGCCGGCGUAGACCACGUGGGGCUGAGCGGUUCACCCAAGAAUUAUCCACUACUCCUGGCCGAACUGGCCCGUGAUCGAUUGUGGGGCUCCGUCGCCAUUAAGAAGCUGGUUGGAGGGAACAUCGUGCGGGUACUGCGGGAGGUCGAAACGAACCGGAACCGAUUACCACUGUCCGAGGACUGGAUUCCACUGGAAGCCAUCGAAGGCAAUGCCUACUGUCGGUAUCCGGAAACAUAAGCCAACGACGGUGACGGUGACGGUGGCCACUUUACUUUCUACUGCCGGGCAUCUGUGGCAUUUGAACCGCGAGGGUAACCAAAGUACGAGUAUUACAAGUAUUAUUACUAUUAUUAUCUUCCACGUAGACACACUACUAGGCAAAACACAUACAUUCACACACAGCGACACACAAACGGAAGGGGAAGACCACCAGGGGCGGGAGGUAAAUGGGAAGGCAAACAAAUACAAAGCAGGAGUAAGAUAAGUAGAAAGCCUAUGGUAGAACAUGAAAUCGACGAGCCGAUCAUUGAGGUCCUUGGCGCAUUCCUAUCGCCCCCGUUGUAGUUAAUGUGUUAAUAGUGCAAACCUAGUCGACGGAAAUCGGAAGCGAAGACAAACUCCCUUAUCGCAUAUCAACUUGAUUCACCCUUGAGCGCAGCGCAUUCUUUAUAUCCAUUGUUCAUCCUAGAGGGCGCCGGGUGCGGCUGGGGUGGAGUUACAGAGAGCUAUUUCUAUUUUCUUGGCGUAAAAUCGUUGUCCAGCGUUACAGUCACGCUCACCCGAACGGAACCUGCAGACGGUUCGCGUGGAGUCCCGUGUAUGUGCGCGAGUUUAGUAGGACAGGACAGGCAGUGAUACGAUUCAGGGAGAGUAAUCGGAUCUGGUUCGAUGGCGCAUUGUAGUCAUCGAAACCCCAGACAUUCCCAGAGUCUCGUCUUUUGUUAGUCUACUAGAUUGGUAAGUCUACGAGAUUUGUUCCAUCUUUUCGUUGUCAUCACGUCUCGGGAUGUUGGGGUGGUAUUAAAAAUGUUAAUGCUAGUAUUCGUGAAGGUGUUUAGUUUAAUAAUACAGACUACUAACUAGACUAAGACAGCUGCGUCUUGCCAACACUACUGUUUACCGUUGUCUCCACGUGACUCGCGGGACUCUGGGAAUGAGGUUCAUGGAGAUUGGCGGUGGAAGGCGAACCACCCACAGGAUACGGUGGAAUAGGAUCAAUUAAAUUGCUUCCGUGGUGGGGUGGUGCGCUGUUUGUGGUAGCGGUGCGGCGACUGCUGUACAUCACAAAUACUCCCUCAUCCUGCUCCACAACCGUGCAGCGCAGAAGAAGGCCCACGCGAAG